UGGAGCCCCAGCGGCGGAGCGCCAUGGAGGGUCCCCGCAACGCCACCGAGGUGCCGAUGAGCCAGAUGGUGCUGCCCUGCCACACCAACCACCGCGGGGAGCUCAGCAUCGGGCAGCUCCUGAAGUGGAUCGACACGGCAGCCUGCCUUUCUGCCGAGAGGCAUGCUGGCUGCCCUUGCGUCACAGCUUCGGUGGAUGAUAUCUAUUUUGAGCACACAAUUAGUGUUGGGCAAGUUGUCAACAUCAAAGCAAAAGUAAACCGAGCAUUUAACUCGAGCAUGGAGGUUGGUGUACAGGUCAGCUACGAGGAUCUUUGCAAUGGGAAACAAUGGAAUGUGUGCAAGGCAUUUGCAACUUUUGUUGCACAAAGCAAACCUCCCGCUAAGAUCAAGCUAAAGCCCCUGGUUCCUCAAACAGAGGAGGAAAAGAUUGAGUACAGCAUUGCUGCUGAGCGCCGCCGGAUGCGACUGGCCCACACAGACACCAUCAAAGACCUUCUCACCAACAGUCCUGUUCCAUCUGAGGGUGAGAACAGAGAGUGCAACACUGUGGUACCCGCAGAAAAGACCAGAGUGGAGAGUGUGGAACUAAUUCUGCCCCCACAUGCCAAUCAUCAGGGGAACACAUUUGGAGGACAGAUCAUGGCCUGGAUGGAAAAUGUAGCCACAAUAGCAGCAAGCCGAUUGUGCCAUGCUCACCCCACCCUGAAGACAAUUGAAAUGUUCCAUUUUAGAGGACCAUCUCAAGUUGGAGACCGCCUCCUGUUUAAGGCCAUCGUCAACAAUGCAUUCAAGAAUAGCAUGGAGGUUGGGGUGUGUGUCGAAGCUUAUGGGCAUGAAAUGGAAGUCAGCCGAAGGCAUAUCAACAGUGCCUUCAUGACCUUUGUGGUCUUGAAUGGAGAGGGCCAGCCAUGCACGCUGCCAAUUCUGCAACCAGAGCCAGGGGAUGGAGAACGAAGGUUCAAAGAAGCUAGUGCUAGGAAAAAAAUUAGACUGGACAGAAAAUAUGUAAUUUCCUGUAAGCACACAGAGGUACCUUUGUCUGUGCCUUGGGACCAAAGUAAUAAGGUUUACCUGAGUUACAACAAUGUUUCUGCCCUGAAGACCUUAGUCGCCAAAGCAAACUGGGUGCUUGCCUCCGAAAGAGACAAGGUCAAGAUGUUCACGCUGGAGGAGGAUAAGUUCCUGUCAAUCAGAAUAGAGAUGACCACCUGCAUUGAUGCAAAGCAGGCCUUCCUGCUGCUUUCGGACAUGGGGCACAGGCAUGAGUGGGAUGAGCAUUACGUGUGUGGUGAGCUGGUCCAACAAGUUGACAAAGAUGACAUGAUCUAUCAUGUAAUUAGUAGAACCAUCAGCGAGGAAAACAAACCUCAGGACUUUGUCAUCCUAGCAUCACAAAGAGAACCUUGCAGCAAAGGUGAUCCAUAUGUUGUAGCAUUCAGGUCUGUCACAUUGCCAACACAACCAGCAAAGCCAGAGUACACCCGAGGAGAAAUCUUAUGUUCUGGCUUCUGUAUUUGGCAGGAAACAGAGGAGCUCACCAAGGUGUCGUAUUACAACCAAGCCACACCAGGUGUGUUGGCCUACAUCACAAGGAACAUUGCUGGGUUGUCCUUGAGCUUCCAUUCCACCUUCCAAGCCUGUGAACAGUUCCUCCAGAAGCACAAAGAUGAUCUCUCUGUCAGACUUCAGAAACUUUAGUUGCACGGUUUUAUCUUUGUAUAGCCCCAUGAUAAACAUGGCUGUAAAUAUCGA